AUGUUGUUGGUAAGUAGAGGAAUAGGUGAUGCUGGAAGCUGUAAGAGAUGUGGUGGGAACGAAGAUGCUUUGCAUGUUCUAGGCUCCUGCCUGUUUGCGAAGAGGGUUUGGCAACUAGCUCCUUUUGCGUCUCUGCCUAGCUUGGAUAAUCUGAAUUCUGUUAAGGAUUUGUUGGUGUCAGUAGGGCAAUCGUUCACCCUCCCACCAGUGGGAUUGAGUAUUGCCCCACUGUAUCCCUGGUUCUUGUGGUUCCUUUGGAAAUCGCGCAACCUACUGGUUUUUGAAAACAAAGUCUGGUCGGAAAAUGAUGUAAUCCAAAAAGCGAUACUGGAAGCUAGGAACUGGCAACAGGCUUUACUGAUCCAACCGAAGAAGCAAACAAAGCGGAAGCCGGUCGAAGCUAUCCCUAUCCACCCGGAGGCUUGCGUCUGCUUCUCUGAUGCAGCGUGGAAUGCUACGACUAAGGUUUGUGGCUUGGGCUGGACCAUCAAAAAUUUCACCUCUGGAUUGACCCAACAAGGAAGUACUUCUCGACCAUUUGUGUCCUCUGCCCUCGUAGCAGAGGCUUUAGCUUUAAAAGCAGUUAUCACGGCGGCUUUAGCUGUAAGGCUGGUCUGCAACUCGGAUUGUCAGGACCUAAUCUGUCUUAUCAAUUCCGGUGGCCAAGCUACUGAACUCGACGGGAUUUUGGAUGAUAUUCGAUUUCUCUCCCUUAAGUUUAUGUCUAUUUUCUAUUGUUAUGUACCUCGUUCAGAGAACUCAGAGGCCGAUGCCUUGGCAAAAGCUAGUCUACUGUCGUGUAAUGGUUCCUCCCUGGUUGGAGUUUGA